AUGGAAAAAGGCGCAAACAGAGCACCCGUUCAAUCUACCAGCAACAACGCGGGUGAGAUUCGAGACGUAUCAGCAACGGAGAAUGUCUUCACCCAAGAAGAAAUCGUCAAGAAGCCCCUCGCGAUCUCCAGUGGCCAGGCGGAUGCUUUUGUCGACACCCUGAACCUUCCUCUUGACCCGAUUGUCGAGCGCUCGUUUAGGAGGAAAUGUGAUCUCUAUAUCGUGCCUCUGUUGACGCUGAGUUUCAUAUUUGCUUUUAUCGACAGGGCCAAUCUGGGGAAUGCCAAAGUGGUCGGCUUAGAAAAGGACCUCAACAUGAAGGGAUUGGACUUCAAUUGGGCUUCUACAGCUUUUUACUUCACCUACAUUGUGGUCGAAGUGCCGUCCAACAUAAUCCUGAAGAAAGUGGGGGCUCGGAUAUGGCUGUCGUGCCUCUGCUUUAUCUUUGGACUCAUCACCCUGUGUACGACAUUCAUCCACAGCUACGGGAGCUUAAUCACCAUGCGUCUGCUCCUAGGUCUCGCCGAAGGGGGUCUUUUCCCUGGAUACGCCUUCUACUUGUCGUCCUUCUAUCCACGUUACGAGGUCGUCACCCGUAUCAGUAUUGUGGGGUCAUCCGCCUACACAUCUGGGUUUAUCGGUCCAUUUCUGGCGCUGGGUUUCGAGCACUUGCCCGACUUUGGGCCAAUUCACACAUGGCGACACAUCUACCUCUUUGAAGGCAUCAUCUCCAUGGUUCUCGGCACGGUGUCAUUUAUAAUCUUGCCCACCGACAUUGAAACUGCAUGGUUUCUCAAGCCAGCCGAAAAGCAGGUCGGUCUCGAACGCCUUCGUCGCCAGAUGUUAGAAGAGACUGUGCCCGGGGUCCGGAUGAAGGACAUCAAAGCCGCCACGAUGAACAUUGGGAACUGGAUCGCAUCGAUAUUGUACAUGGCCAUCAACGUCCCUACGCAAGCAUGUAUUAUCUUCCUUCCAUCGAUAAUCAAAGCUAUGGGGUACCGUGCGGGUGCCGCGCAGAUUAUGAGUGGCGCUCCGUUCCUCCUGGCCGCCAUCGUGGUCAUCUUUCAGGGGUGGCUAUCCGACAGGAUCAAGCGCCGUGGACUCGUCAUGCUGUGCUUUGUACCUUUCAUGGUGCUCUGCUUCAUGCUCCUCCUGAUCUUUACCCUCUCAGGUCCGGCUCUCCUCAAGAUAUCUGGUUUGCGAUACAUGGCCUUGUUUCUCGGCGUAGGUUUCGGCUCCACGGGGGUUCCUCUAACUCUAGCGUGGGCGGGCAACAAUUCGCCUGUCCCGGCCGUGCGAGCAGUUUCGACGGCUAUGGUUGUCGGCGUGGGAGGUCUGGGCAGUUUUAUCUCGUCGUGGACAUACACCAACGCGCAGGCUCCACUCUUCAUUGUCGGUCACUCGAUAAAUUUGGCCUUCAGUAUUGUUGCGGUCUCCGCCACCGCUUCCUAUUAUCUCUACGCAACUUGGGAAAACAAGCAACGUAACCUGGGACGUCGCGAUGAUCGCCUGGUCGGCCUCAGCGAGGACGAAGCGAAUCAGUUGGGCCAUCGUCACCCGCAUUUCCGUUACGCUUCGUAA